AUGUUGUUUGCCAGAGACCUGUUGCACCAUGAAGAUGGCCAGUCUCCUCUGCAUAGCCUGGAGCAGGCUGCUGUCCACUAUGCAUCAGCUAUCAGACUUAACUCCAGAGAUGCCCGGCUUCACUUCCAGCUGGGUCUCGUGCUGGAGGAGCACCAUUACGCUACAGAGAUGUACGGCCUACAGAGGAAGGCUGACAAAGAGAGAGAUGAAUCAAGUGAUGCCAAAUCAACAGCACAUCAGGAUGACAUCCUGGCUGUGUGUAAACUGCACGGUUUCCUUGGAACACCCAAAGUAGAGAACCAGCUGCAGGCUCUGGAUAAAGAGUAUCAUCUGCUCAAAGAGCAGGGACAGUCCAGCAAAGCAGACUAUGUUCAGACUCUCUACAUCUGGCUUUCUAAGAAAACUGGCAAGGACAUCAGUGCAACUAUGCAGGAUAAAGAGAGUUAUAUCCACCGAGCCCUUCUGAAGUACCUGGAUGCCUGGUCUCUGUGCCCAGAAAGCUGGGAGUACAGCCUCCAUGCAGGAAGGCUGCUGCUGCUGCAAGGGAGGGAAAGGGAAGCCCUGCUGCACUUUCACAAUGGGCUGGCUCUACGGCCCCUACACCCUGCACUCAGAUUCUUCGCAGGCCUGGGUCUGCUACUGCAGGAACAGAAAGCCUCUGAGGAUGCAGAGAAGGAGGCUGCUCUGUUCUUACAACAGGGACUGGAGCACUUUAUCAGCCAGCGCUGCAGCAAGAGCUGGGAGGAGCAGGAUCUAUUGGACCCUCUGUCCAGCCGCAACACACAGUUCCUACGAGGCCUUCUUACUCUGGGGCAACUGCAGCAGAGAAACACAUUAUGCACAAAGGCCAUGAGUGCUGAACAGGUCUAUCAUAUGUAUGUAAAACUUUGGGAGUUUUUAUUUUUUGCUGGUUUUAUUAUUCGGGGUUUGCAGUGGAUAUCGGCUCUAACGAGCUGUCUCACUCAUCUCAGCAGUGAAUGUGCGAUCCAAAGAAAAGUCCUGUCAUUUAAGAGUACAAGCCAGUUUAGCUGUUUUAACCACUACAUAAAAACACUGUCUUCUUGUCUCUGUGCUGGACUGCUUCAGUGUGGCAAUGCUGAGUGCCCAGAGUGUGAGUCAGUGUGUACGUCGUGGUGAGGUGAGCAGGCAGCUGGAGUGGGUGCUGCUGGAUGCUCACUUUGCCCUGCUGCAGAGGCUGACCCAGCAGAGUGAAUGCCAGGCUAAGACUGGCAUUGAGAGGCAGUCUCUGGUGGC